UUAAUUGCUUUUUGGGUUUAGAGAGAUUAUUUACCCUCUCAAGCCAAAUUAUGUCAGGAAUAGCUGUAGCUGUGCAAGCUAUGAAGAGUCAAAUUCCCAUGUUCAGAUUGUGCUAUAUUGCAGACGAUUACAUUAGAAGUAGUAACACAUUUUUGAAUCAAAUGAGAGCGUGAAGUUCAUAGGCUCUAAAUUAGGUUGUUGAACAUGUGUUUAAUUUCUUUCAAAUCUUUUCUUUAAACUUAUUAACAUGAUGCUGGUUUGGCUCGUUAUCAUUAGUUUUGUCUUUGAAUUCUUCAUUAUUUUCCAAAUUAUUAGUUUUAGUGGCCAGGUGUCCACACACUCACCAAAUAGAUUGAUUUACCUCAGUCUUUAAUUUUAUAAGUUAAAAUAAUAUACCUCUUUUUUUGUAAUUUUUUGCAAUAUAGCACAAUAUGAAUAUGGGGGUUUUAUUUUUCAUUGUAUAUGUAGCUAUUUCUAACAUAAUGUGUUUUAAGAGGGUAAAUAAUCCAUCUGAACAUUAAAAGCACUUUUUUUGAACAAAAAUUAACACCUUGUUAUAAUUCUGGGACUGAAAUUGCGGUUGGAACGAAAACCAGCAUAUAUACCAGUGGUACACAACUCUAGUCCUGGUUUUUGUUCCAACCAAUUACCUUAGUUUUUUUUGACAGCUCUAUAAACUAGGCUGGUUAACUCCUGGACUUGAGCACAGUAAACGUUUUAGGAUACGCUUGCAGCUGUAGCUGGUGCUUAUGCAAUUUUCAGAUCAAGAUAUGAUUGAGCUAAUUGAAUAAUUAAGAAGAGAAGUUGGCACAAAAUCCUGAAACGAAUCAGCCCUUGUUGUGCACCCCUGAUAUAUACAUAGGAAGGCCCCAGGAACAAGUUUGGGAACCACUGCUCUAGUUGAUCAGCGAGAGAUUGAGUCAAGUGGACUAGGAUAUAAUGCUAGGUUAUUUCUGCAACCUAGAGUCUUACAUAUGUGUAUGUUCAUGUUAAAGUAUAUGUGUGGACCACUUAUUUUUUUAAUUUUGCGUCUUGUCCAGUCUCUGUUGUAACCCCCUUAAAUUUUUGGUGACCACACACUAGCACACAUUUGUUGAGGUGUGCAGCCAGCAUCUGGAUUCACAGUCCACCAGCUGAGCUACAUUGGAGGGUCAGGGAAGACUGGUCACAGGAGCCUAAUCACCAAUAGAAGUGGCAUGUGAGCAGAGGCAGGGUUUAGGUUGCUUACCAAAAAGAAAGGUCUGUUCCUCAGAUGGUGAAGUUAUGACCAAUAAUGUAUUUUCCCAUAGGAUGCUUCAUUUGUGGUCAGCAAUGUUGCAAUCCAGAUUUAAUAGAGGCUGUACGAUCAACCCCUUCAGUCUGCGCAGGUACUUCAGUUGGCACUUGGAAAUCUUUUAAUUUUAAUCCAGAUUGUAUAAUGUGUGGAUAGGGAAAUUGUCAGAAAUUAAUCUCAUGUUGUCAGUAAGAAUUUUGAUGACACGCCCCAGUAAUAAAAUCCUGAGCCUACUCGUGCAGCGUGUAAAGUUUGGUGAUUCGUGAGCAAUUGCAUAUUGACUGCAAAAGGAUAGGCCUUGAAACACAAUUUAAGAGGAACCUCGCUGUUUACCGGAAAAAGAUGUCGUGCUGGAGUCCCUCUUCCGGUCCUCAUCUGCCGUAACUACAGAGGAGAUGUGGAUAUGUCCGAGAUUGAGCACUUCAUGCCCAUUCUUAUGGACAAGGAGGAAGAGGGUACCUUGUCUCCCAUCUUGGCCCAUGGAGGAGUACGCUUCAUGUGGAUCAAGCACAACAACUUGUACCUUGUUGCUACAUCCAAGAAAAAUGCUUGCGUCUCCUUGGUUUUCUCUUUCCUGUACAAGAUAAUCCAGGUGUUCUCUGAGUACUUCAAGGAGCUGGAGGAGGAGAGCAUCCGGGACAACUUUGUCAUCAUCUACGAGCUGAUGGACGAGCUGAUGGACUUUGGCUAUCCCCAGACCACAGACAGCAAGAUCCUGCAGGAGUACAUCACUCAAGAAGGGCACAAGCUUGACACCGGGGCCCCCCGCCCCCCCGCUACAGUAACCAAUGCCGUGUCCUGGAGGUCGGAGGGCAUCAAGUACAGGAAAAACGAAGUCUUCCUGGACGUCAUCGAGUCGGUCAAUCUCCUGGUGAGCGCCAACGGGAACGUGCUGCGCAGCGAGAUCGUGGGCUCCAUAAAGAUGCGCGUGUUCCUGUCGGGAAUGCCCGAACUCCGGCUGGGCCUGAACGACAAGGUUCUGUUCGAGAACACCGGCCGAGGGAAGAGCAAGUCUGUGGAGCUGGAGGACGUGAAGUUCCACCAGUGCGUGCGUCUGUCCCGUUUCGAGAACGACCGCACCAUCUCCUUCAUUCCACCAGAUGGAGAGUUUGAGCUCAUGUCCUACCGUCUCAACACACAUGUGAAGCCAUUGAUCUGGAUCGAGUCUGUGAUCGAGAAGCACUCGCAUAGCCGAAUCGAGUAUAUGAUCAAGGCCAAGAGCCAGUUCAAACGGAGGUCGACGGCCAACAACGUGGAGAUCCACAUUCCGGUCCCCACCGACGCAGACUCGCCCAAGUUCAAGACCACGGUGGGCAGCGUGAAGUGGAUACCUGAGAACAGCGAGAUCGUCUGGUCCAUCAAAUCCUUCCCGGGUGGAAAGGAGUACCUGAUGCGGGCGCACUUUGGGCUGCCGAGCGUGGAGGCCGAGGACAAGGAAGGAAAACCUCCCAUCAGCGUGAAGUUUGAAAUCCCUUACUUCACUACCUCUGGAAUCCAGGUGCGCUACCUGAAGAUCAUUGAGAAAAGUGGAUAUCAGGCCUUGCCAUGGGUUCGAUACAUCACUCAGAACGGAGAUUACCAGCUGAGAACCCAAUAGAAGAAGCUUCAGGAGCAGCUGGAUGGCAUCAUUUUCUGCCUCUGAUGUAAAUUUGCAAGAAGUGUUUGUCGUGUUUGAGUCACGGACCUCCCAGCAUAUUUUGCAGUUGGGUCUGUUUUUAUUUUUAUUCAUUUCAUACCGAUAGCGAUGCGGAAUGAACCUCAAAAGUUUCACUUAUAACUGUCUUUAGAUCAGAAUUUCCUGCAGUGCUUUCAAAAUGAAACCUGCUUUAAAAAUGUUGCCACUUUUGCCGUUUGACAGGGGAAAACCCUGAAGAACGAAAAGGAUGCCAAUUGGGACAUUUCUUCCCCCCCGUCAUUUCAUUCAUCUUUCAGAAGGUCUUUUAGAAAAUGCUUUGAGGUCAUGCAUAUCAUUUUGCAGUCCCCACUCUGUGUGGUGGCGGUUAUUUUAUGUAUGGUACAGUAUCCUAAUAGGUCAGCUUACGGUGGACGUAGACGUUAUGUAACUCCGAAUAUAGCAGUGUUAUUAGAAGUCUGUACGUGUAGACACACAGUGCAUUCUUCAUGUCUCCAUUUCAUUAUACUGUAUUAGGUACCCUUGUCCUUCAGUAAUAUCUCUAGAGUUACCAACGUACAUUUAAGGCCAAUAACUCUUCUGAAGUGUUCUUCUGACAAAGUUUUUAAAGCACUGUUUAACAAACUUCUCUGUGGCAGUUGUGAAGCGGAAGUAGUCUUACGAUAAAUUCUGUUUGGUCGCUUUCAGUGUGGUAGGAAAUUCAAUGCAAGUGAGGAUGUAAGUGUGAACGCACAAAGACUACAUGUCCUCUAAUCUUGUUUAGAUGGUGCUCUACUUGCAGAUCUGUUCUUACAGACACAAACGACUUGCCGAAGGACAGUUUAACGGGUUGGGUGAAUUUGCAUGAAGAAAUGCCCAUUAUGUGAAGUUCAGAUUGGAAGUUCUUCUCACAGAACGUGUGGAGAAGUCUCUGUGGUCUUUGGGUCAGAAAGUCAGGAUGGAACUCCCAUUCAUGCUGCUCUUUAACCAAUCCACAUUUCACCACCUCUGUGUUUAAGAUGCUAUUUGCCAUCAUUUCCUUUUUUACUCAAUGUAUGUUUUUUGUUUUGUUUGUUUGUUUGUUUUAGAUUUGUCUGUUGUAAAAUCAGUGUUACUGGGCUUAGUCCAAAUAUUUUGCAUUGUGUGUGUGCAGAACCAUUGCAUUACAAAUGGAUCUAGAUUUAAUAACAACCAUUUAGAGGCUGCCCAUGUUGUCCUGUGUGCAAAAGUGGCAGCAUUUUAGACAAUUGAAAUGUUUUUCUUUCCUCAUUUUGUUUGGUUUUUUUUGGAGGGGUUUUUGGGUUUCAUUAUUUUAUAAAGUCUUCAUAUGGACCCAACUGCUGUAUUCCAGCUAAUUAGCUGACACUCUCAUUUAUAUAUUCUUGGGCAGAUACGUUCAUUUCGGAAAUCCACCAAAAAAAACAAAAAAACUUUUCUUUAAAAUUGAACAUGUUGAUCCCACACGUUGCAUCGGGCUGGUGUUGUCACAAGGGCCACUGAAGCAUGAGUUUGGUUCAGCUUGGUCUUGGCUGUACCAAGUAAUGUGUUAGUACAGAGAGAAGUAGCAUCUUGAAAUAAGCUGCCAAAACAUGUCUGUGUUUAGAUAGAACGCAAUACUGAAUAGAAGGGAAAACACCCACAGAUACUUUAAAAGAGCGAGCAGUCUCUCUCUGUGGUAUCCAUUUUAAUCUUCGCGAAAACAGAGGCCCAUGUUUGCUUGUAUGUGGCCUGUACUCCACAUUUGUUGCUUAAGCCAUUAUUAAUGUAGUUCUUAGUGAAUAAUUGUAGGAGGCAAAGAGGAAAAUCCCUUUGGUCUCCAGGAGCAGCGAUGUUACUUAUUAGCCUCUACCUUCUUGAUCAUUGUCAAAGUCUCUAUUAAAUGCCAACCAUCUGUUUGGAAAUAUGUGUUUCAUUAAAGUAGUUUUCUGGUAAAAA